AUGUGGAAUCUGCAGCAGAAGCCCACCAGCCCGCCGCAGCAGAGCUUCGCUACGGCCUUCGCCACCCGCGUGCGCAGCGUGGUGGAGAAGUUGCGCUCCCCGAUGCACCAUGUGCUGUCCUGGUCGUGCUGGAAUCAUGACCUGAGCUUGACCAGCCGCUUCAGCACGGACUCCGUGGACGGGGUCACCAUGGAGAACGCGCUGCAGCGAUUCCUGGAGCUGGACGGCGUCAACGCCAGCAACAGGUCCUACAUCGACCGAUGCGAGGGCUUCGCCUGCGGCACUGGUUGCGCAGGCGUGCAUCACUCCAAGGGCGAGGUCAGCGACGGCAAGCAGCAGGUGGCCUCCAGCAAGCUGCCGCUGUCAGAGUUCCGCGGGCGCGUGCGGAAGGCACUCGCGGCCCAGGGGUGGUCUUCCGGUGAGCGCGGCAAUAGCUCUGCCGGGUUCAGAAUACUCGACUCGGACGGGAACGGUGUGCUCGAGCAGAGGGAAGUCGAGGGGGUGGCCGACUGGGCAGGCUCGGAGAUAUCUGCGGGGCAGGCCGACUACGCGUUCCAGAUGAUGGACCGGGACGGCGAUGGCCGCCUGAGCCCCGACGAGUUCGGCCUGCUCUUGGAGGGCGGCGCGCCCCCAGUGAGCGUGGUCGACUUCAAGAGCCGAGUGGCCGACACGUACUCCUCGCCGGGGGAGGCCAUCGAAGACAUGGGCCCAGAGCCCAUCGGCAGGAGCCGCUUCGCGGCGGUUGCCGAGGCCUUCCAGCGCCCCCUCACCGCCGAGCAGGCCGACUACGCGUUCGACGGGCUCGACCUCGACCGCGACGGUUCCCUGACCACCUUCGAGAUCAUGUCGGUGUUGGACAGCGGGCAGUUCUACCCGGACGAGAGGAACUUGCGGCGGGAAGUGCCCUCACCGCCGGCCUCUGCGACCGCCUUGGCCACCGCGGCACGCGAGCGGGCCGAGUCCCGCGGGGCGCCGCCAGUGAUCAUGGCGGUCGGCGGCGCUGCGCUGGGGCUGCUGCUCCUGCCCGCAUCAUACGUCGUGCUGGUGCGGGGGCUCAAGGCGCCGCCGGGCUCCCCCUCCGAGCACCCGCCGCUGGUCGGGCCCGCGAGCCCCCUCGCGCGCGCCCUCCCCGGCGCCUGGAGCCCCUCGCCGCCGAGCCCGCGCUCGCGCGGCGGGCUGCCGAGCCCAGCGCAGCGGGGCUUGCUGCAGCUCUGA